UACGGACGCCGGGUUGGCGCCCUGAGUAAAAAACGCGACAGGCGUUUCCCCGGGGCUCAACUGUCUCCCUGUCUGAAAGGCCGGCAGCGUUCCCAGUGGGGACGAGGUAGCCAUGGCUGAAAGACCUGAGGACCUGAACCUUCCCAAUGCCGUCAUCACCAGGAUCAUCAAGGAGGCGCUCCCUGAUGGCGUCAAUAUCUCCAAAGAGGCUCGAAGUGCCAUCUCCCGGGCCGCCAGCGUGUUCGUGCUGUACGCCACGUCCUGUGCAAACAACUUUGCAAUGAAAGGAAAGCGGAAGACCCUAAAUGCUGGUGAUGUACUGUCAGCCAUGGAAGAGAUGGAAUUUCAGCGAUUCAUUUCUCCUUUGAAAGAAGCACUAGAUGCAUAUAGACGUGAACAGAAAGGUAAGAAGGAAGCUUCAGAGCAAAAGAAGAAAGAUAAAGACAAAAGGACAGAUUCUGAAGAGCAAGACAAGAGUAGGGAAGAUGAUAAUGAUGAGGAUGAUGAAAGGAUGGAAGAGGAGGAACAAAAUGAUGAAGAAGUUGACAAUUGAGCUUCCUGGAGAGAAUGGUAUUUCAGAUGAUCAGGAAACUUGGAGCUGUGACUCUGUUGCCUAUGUUGUGCUCUUUAACAGAGAAUUCUAUGGCCUUUUCCUUCACUACUAAGAAACUCAUUUCUAAGGACCUAAGAAUACUUGAAUAAUUCCCAGAGUUUUCCUGAAUGAGAGCUUUCCAAUUUCACUAUUAUAUAAUCCAUAAAUUGUGACCUUUUGACAAGGUAAGGUUAUGAACUGCCAUUUCAUCUGAUUUUAUACAGGGGGGAAAGUGUGGAAAAUCCAUUUAUUUCACUUCCUGUUUUAUGACCCAUAUUUCAUACUAUCUGUUAUUUAGGGGCUGUAGAGGCAGCUGGAAAUUGGAGAGAUUUAAACUCUGAACAUGAGUAGUCUGUGAAAGAGUGAUUGCAGCACUCUGGAUUUUGGGCACUGUCUAAAAAGUUUGGGGGUAAAUAAAGAAAUUUAAUUCCUUGAAAGUAACUUUCAGCAAGGUUCUGCUUCCUUUGGUUUGUAUCUUCUCUUUCUGAAUUUUCCCCUAGUCUUGUGCCGAAUUUGAGAUUUAGUCCCUUUUUGCCACACUCUACUUAGCACUUUUGUAUCUGUUUUGAAUUUUAUACUUCACUAUAUUAGUGGAAGAUUGAGUUUGCUUUAAAGUAGGCAUUUUACCUCAAAAGUCUCUUCCCCUGCCUACUGAACAAAAGUUUGGAAACAGAUGUUUCUGGUAUACAUAAUCCCUUUACUUUUUGUUUUCUAAUGAAACUCUUAGGUUCAUCCUUUUGGUUCUUAGCUUUUUUAUUUAAUAAAUGACCAGCUCCAAAAUCCAUUUCUUCCAGACACUACAGUCAUUCUCUCCAAACUAUUCUUUGCUUUGCUAACAUGUUACCUUCCAUCUGGCUUAAUUUAAGAAAUGUAAAGUUUUCUUCCAGUCCAAUAGUUCUGACUUUCAUCUUUUAAAGACAGCUUGAUGGAAUAACUUUUAAUGAAAUCAAAUAAUGCUUAGGAAUAUAAUUCUAGUAAACUACCCUUCUAAAGUGGCUUCCAUGGGGCCUUCAUCUUUUGUUAGGCUCCCUUUCCAUUAACUCCCAGGUACUUUAAGUUAAGUGGCAAUUUCUGAAGGCUGGGAGCUCCUAGAAAAUCUUUAUCCCCAUGGCAAAAAAAAAAAAAAUGUAUUUAGCUAGAGAAACAGUCCCACAGUAACCACAGUCUGUCUUUCUCUGUAAAGAGCUACCUUGAGAAUUGGGAGUAAAAGUUCUUGCCAAAUUCAACCCCUAGUCUUCCUUUUUUUGGUCUAUAAAAUUGUGAUAGUGAUUCUGCUCUCAACUAGAGUAUGACAGGUGAACAAAUGUAGCUUGUUACCAUUUACUCAUUAGUGGCUUAUAUAGGGACAAGUUUUUUGAUAAAUGAGGAAAGAAUCUCAUUUCACUCACUUCAUUUGGGGGAG